AUGACAAUUUUGUUGAUCAUUGACGGUCUACAAAACAUAAUGAAAUCGAAUAAUGAUUGGAAUGACAAGUCAUCCAAAUUCUUUAUAACUUUGACGAAUAUACAUGACCUUGCCUUACAAAGUGCUUUUGUGAUACUAUUGUGUACUGCAAUAAUCACUGAUUCAGUUAACAGAGUAUUGACAAUCACGCAUCGUAAACGGGUAUAUUUGCCGAUUGCUUCUCUGGAUCCCCCUAUCAUCAUUAAAGACGAUAUUGUAACUUCUAUCUUUCAAACAGAUGAUUAUAUCAUUAAAAUGCUGGUAAAUGACUGUGGAGGUCAUGGGAGAGCCCUCGAAGUUUUACAGGAAAUCUUAAAAGACCGUGAUAUUCAAAAUGUAAACAUCAACGAUAUGAUAAAUGAUUUACACGUUAGGCUUCAUGACUGGUACUGUGAGGCACUUAUGAUGUCACCUAGUGAAGCUAGAACUAUAGCACAAGCAACACUUACUCGACAUCUUUUGAAAUUUGAUAAGCAUGUUCCUAGCACAAAUAAGUAUUCUGAUCAUAUUGUACAACCUGAGCUAAUUCGUUAUGUUCAUGAAAGUAAUUCCAGUGUGGAAUAUUUCGAUUUACCUUAUAUAUGGAUUUGGAUCUUGACUAAUUCUUCUGAUAGUAAGGAUCCAGUAAUUAGAGACUGGUUGUUCUGCGACUAUGAAGAUCACAGGUCCAAUCAAAAUCAGACAUGUCUGUCAGGAUCACAUUUCUGGCAACACUUUGAACAUUUUGUUUUUUCUUUUCACACACUAAAAUCAAGAAAUCUAGGUGAUUGUGAAUUAAUAUUAAUUUCAAGUAUUCACAUUGGAGCGCGUUUAAAUGGUGAUUUCAAAUUUAAAAAUCAUCAUUUGGAGUUGAAAUGCGCAGUACACCAAGAAGACACAAAUUCAUCAAACUAUGGAAAGGGUAAAAAGGAGAUUAAAUGUGAAGACAAAAUUGUAGAUGUAUGUGAAUGCAAGUAUUGUAUCAUUAAUGAUGCAUCUGCGCCAUAUGGAGAUGCAUUUCUUGGUUUAGAUGUUGAUUUAAAGUCUGGAAAACCGAAUGAAGUCCAUCAAUAUAAAAGAUGGAAAGUGAAUUCUCUCACUGGACAAGAUUACCAAGAUGAACGUAAUAAGUCUGCAUUGAGUAAAGACUUUUUUAUUUUGUUUACAACUACAAAUUGUUCGAAUUUCAAACUACCAAAAAAUUCUGGAAUCGUAGAUGCGUCCAAUUGGGACAAAUAUUUCGGUCCAUAUUCUGGCAAGACACAUACUUACGCUAAUGUAGGUCCUUUGAAUAUUAAUAAAGCAAGUUGCAGAGAUCUCCGGUCAAUGUAUGGAAUUGGUGAAACUCAGGCAGAUGAAAUCAUGGCUAAGAGAGAAUUCAAAGACAUCGAAGAAGCGAAAAAACAAACAGGUAUACCAGAAAGGGUGUUAAAGAGAUUCAAAUUUUCAGAUUGA